AUGGCUAAGGGUUGGGAUAAAGGUGGAAUAGGUGGUUUGAUUAGAGAUGAUAGGGGUUUGUUAUUGGGUUCAUUCUCAGAAAAUAUUGGAGGUGGUCCUCCAAUUCUUGCAGAACUAAUGGCGACCAAAAGAGGUUUGACUCUCAUCGAAGAAGUAGGUUUCUCUCCAAGUCGGAAGAUUGUUUUGGAAGUGGACUCCACCACAACUUUGAAGUGGAUUAAACAUCCUGACCUCUAUACCCCACUAUUUCAGAACUUGGUUAGAGGUUUAGCGUCUAAGGUGGAAGGACAUGGCAUCAUUUCAAGACAUAUAUUGAGAGCCGCCAAUUGGGAAGCGGAUGAGUUAGCAAAGGCUGGUAUUGGUUGA